ACCAACGACAAAACGGCUCCCACAGUCUCAUUCUCUUCUCUCUUUCAGUUUCCUUCUUCCUUCGCUUUCUCUCUCAACACAAGAAGCUCAAUUCUAUUCAUAUAUAUACAUAACCUUUCACCAAACAACAACCACCACAUUUCACAUUACAUGCACCCAACAACAACACCUUCUUCUUCUUCAUGGCGGGUCUCUACUCUUCUUCGCACAGACCCACCUAUUCUUCUUCGUCUUCGGCUUCUUCAUCUUCGUCUUCAAGGCUUCUCCUCUUGCUCACGGUGCUGCCACUCACGUUAGCCUCCUUCGCCUUCGUUCUCCAAUGGCGCGGCGGAGUCACCGACCCUCUCUCCCGCUGGUCCCCCGAUCAGCCAGACUUCCCCGGUAUGUCGUCCGACGCCGACGGAGGAGCCAACUCCCAUCCCGCCGGAACCUCCCACCUCCAAAGCGCCAGCUCCGACUGCGCCACCAUCCUCCUUGGCCACUCCUCCAAUAACCACCCUUCCUUUCCGUACUUCCGCGACUGGAAGCUCGAUUACUCCUCUGAUCUCAGGCCCAAGAUAUGCAUAACAACGAGUACUUCAGCUGGUUUGGAACAGACUCUGCCAUGGAUCUUCUAUCACAAGGUCAUUGGAGUUUCCUCUUUCCUCCUUUUCGUGGAAGGGAAGGCUGCAUCACCUAAUGUAUCUAGAGUCCUCGAAAGCAUUCCUGGGGUUAAAGUUAUAUAUAGAACUAGAGAGUUAGAAGAACAGCAAGCUAAAAGUCGAAUAUGGAAUGAGACUUGGUUGGCUAGCUUCUUCUACAAACCAUGCAACUAUGAGUUGUUUGUGAAGCAAUCUUUGAACAUGGAAAUGGCUAUUGUCAUGGCAAGGGAGUCUGGAAUGGAUUGGAUCAUUCAUCUGGACACUGAUGAGCUAGUAUAUCCAGCAGGAAUACAGGAGUACUCUUUAAGACAGUUGCUAUCUGAUGUUCCUGGAAAUGUUGAUAUGGUUAUUUUUCCAAAUUAUGAGAGCAGUGUUGAGCGAGAUGAUAUCAAGGAGCCUUUUAGCGAGGUUUCAAUGUUCAAGAAGAACUAUGACCACCUUCCAAAGGAUGUAUAUUUUGGAAAUUACAAAGAAGCAACACGUGGCAAUCCAAAUUAUUUUCUUACUUAUGGAAACGGGAAAGCUGCUGCUAGGGUUCAGGAUCAUCUCCGCCCAAAUGGUGCUCACAGAUGGCACAACUAUAUGAAGACACCUAAUGAGAUCAAGUUGGAUGAAGCAGCUGUUCUGCAUUACACCUACCCCAAAUUUUCCGAUUUGACCUCAAGACGUGAUCGGUGUGGCUGCAAGCCAACUAAAGAAGAUGUUAAAAGAUGCUUCAUGUUGGAUUUUGACAGAGCCGCAUUCAUAAUUGCUUCAACUGCAACUGAAGAGGAGAUGCUUCAGUGGUAUCGCGAACGCGUUGUGUGGACAGAUAAAACACUAAACCUGAAGCUUUUGAGGAAGGGCAUCCUGACUCGCAUUUACUCUCCCAUGGUUAUCAUUCAGAGUUUGAGGGAAUCCGGAGUUUUUCGUUCUGUGAUCGCGAAAGCAGCCGAAACAACACUAUCAAAGGACAACUUUUUAAAAUCUGUUGAUAGUAACAACUCAACUAGGAAUGGCAGAUCAGAAAACAUUUUUUCUAGAAAAUUUGAUGCAAAUGGAGUAUCCCAAUCAACUGCAAGAAGAAUUUUGGGAGUCAUAGAUGAUGGCUUAACCCCUUCAGCAGUACCACCAUUAUCUCCACCCAGACUUGAUCACUCUAACCCCAUUACAUCAUAAUUUUUUUCAAAAAAAAAAAAUUUCCUGACUCCUUACCAUUGUCAGAACUUUUAAGGAGGAUUUAUACUUGAAUUGUAGCUAUUAAGGUGAGCCAUUCAGUUUUUUGGAUUCUUGGAAAUUUUUUCCGAUCAUUUAUCCAAGCGCUCGUGUAAAUUUCAGGUUUAGAUUUUUAGGCAUAGUAUAGGAAUCACACAUAAAUUUUGUUAGCAAUAUCUUCAUGAUUCUUUUCUUCCUUUUUCCCUUUUAUUUUUUAGAGACUUGAGUGGAGCCAUAUUGGCUGUGGUCUUGAUGGAAAAUAGUGUCUUGUUGAAACUCUUCCACACAUUGGAAAACAAUAUUAUACUGAUCAAUAUUUUCUUCUCCCAGUUGGAGGCUGAAAUGAUUGAUGAAAGUGAGAAAAAUUGUGAAUGGUGUAUUGCCAAUCAUUUAUAGUUCAA